CCCAAAAGAUGCCUAUGUCUGGGUUUUGAGGACUCUUCCAUAGCGCUCCUGGUACCUGUAAGUGGACAAGUGAACGGGGAAGGACUUGGCUGGCGACCUGAGCAGUGCCUAAAACAAAUACAGGAGCUGUGCAGGAGGAUCCCCAGCGAGGCAGGAGCUGGAGCCGCGGGUGGAAGAGGCACCAGGAGAGCCGAGCCGUGCCCACCGGAGGAACCAGUGCUGUGCUGCCAGAACCCCGACUGCUCCAGCGAGAGGAGGGCGGCCAAGGUGUGUGACCAUGGCGAGUGCCACCGGCUAAGCUGCAGCAGCCCCCUCAGCCUGUGUGAGCUCGGGGACAGCCGCCUGCAUGGCGCCAUGCACUGCGAUGGACGCAUCCGCUUUGACCUGCCCCCGCCAGGCUCCAUCCUGGCCCGCAACAUGUCAACGCGCUCAUGCCCACCCCGCACCAGCCCUGCCUCUGAUGUGGAUGAGGAAGAGGAGGGACUGGCCGAUGGCAGAGGGGAGCGGAGGAGCUCAGCACUGAAGCUGCCCAAGAAGAAGGCUCGGCGCCGGCACACAGACGACCCCAGCAAGGAGUGCUUCACCCUCAAGUUUGACCUCAGCACCAACGUCGAGGCAGAGAUUGUGCCGGCCUCAAAGAAGAAAUCCCUGGGGGAGGUGCUGCUGCCGGUCCUGGAGAGGAAGGCCAUCGAGCCGGGCAGGGUGGAUGUGUACCUGGAGCAGUCUCAGACUCCGCUCUCACUCCAGUUUGAGGCGUUCCGCUUCGGGGGGCACUACCUGUGUGUGAGAGCCAAGCCCGGGGAUGAGCUGAAGGUGGAGCAGGCAGUGCAGGAAGCCAGGUUGGCCGCUCUGCCCAUCGUGCACCCUGCCGGCACGGUGCCAGGACAACGGGAGGGCACUGACAGCCUGGCUCCGGGCCGGCGGAGGAAGAACAUGACGGAGUUCCUGGGGGACAGCAGCAUCCCCAGCCCCGAGCUGUCCCCGCACGCCGCGGCCUCCCUGCCUGCCAAUGGCACCGACACCUGGAAGAACCGCGCUGCCAGCCGCUUCAGCGGCUUCUUCGGCUCCGGCACCAGCACCGGCUCCUUCGGGAGGGAGAGUGAGAAGCUGGAGCAGCUGGUGAGCCGGCUGCACGCCUACGGCACCUUCGGGCUGCCCAAGCUGCCGCCGCAGCUCCGCUUCGACCGUGACUCCUGGGAGGAGGAUGGGGACGAGGCCGGGCUGGCACUGGAGGACAGCUGGCAGCAGAUCAUCCAUGGGGCAGAGGCCCUGUCGCGCCGGCAGUGCCACCAGCAGGAAGCCAUCUGGGAGCUGCUGCACACCGAGGCCACCUACAUCCGCAAGCUCAAAGUCAUCACCGACCUCUUCCUCUGCUGCCUGCUGAACCUGCAGGAGUCAGGGCUGCUGUGUGAGGUGGAUGCCGAGCGGCUCUUCAGCAACAUCGGGGAGAUCAUCCGGCUGCACCGGGAGCUGUGGCGCGGGGUCAUGGCCCCGGUGCUGGCCAAGGCACGCAGGACCGGGGCACUGCUUGACCCUGUGGACUUCCUUGAUGGCUUCAAGACGUUCGGGUCCCUCUUCAAGCCCUAUGUGCGGUACUGCAUGGAGGAGGAGGGCUGCAUGGAGUACAUGCGGAUGCUGCUGAGGGAUAGCGAGCUGUUCCGCUCCUAUGUGACGUGGGCCGAGAAGCACGAGCAGUGCAGCCGCCUGAAGCUGAGUGACAUGCUGGUGAAACCACACCAGCGCCUCACCAAGUACCCGCUGCUCCUCAAGUCUGUGCUGAAGAAGACGGAUGACCCACGUGCCCGUGACGCCAUCACUGCCAUGAUCGGCUCCGUGGAGCACUUCAUCAACGAUGUCAACUCGCGGAUGCGGCAGCGGCAGGAGCGGCAGCGCCUGGCUGCCAUCCUCAGCCGCAUUGAUGCCUAUGAGGUGGUGGAGGGCAGCACGGAUGAGGUGGACAAGCUGCUGAAGGAGUUCCUGCGGCUGGACCUGACCGCCCCCAUCCCCGGCACGUCCCCGGAGGACACACGGCAGCUCCUGCUCGAGGGCAGCCUGCGCAUGCGGGAAGGUAAAGACAGCAAGAUGGAUGUCUACUGCUUCCUCUUCACCGACCUCUUCCUCAUCACCAAGCCCCUCAAGAAGGCUGAGCGCACUAAGGUGGUCCGGCAGCCCUUGCUGGUGGACAAGGUGGUGUGCCGUGAGCUCCGGGACCCGGGCUCCUUCCUCCUCAUCUACCUGAACGAGCUGGGCAGCGCCGUGGCUGCCUACACAUUCCAGGCCAGCGGGCAGUCACUGUGCCGCAGCUGGGUGGAGGCAGUGCGCAACGCCCAGAACCUGCUGCAGCGGCUGCGGCAGCGCCGGCGCCUGGAGCAGCAGCAGGAGGAGGAUGGUGACAGUGACGCCUCGGCCGCCAGCUCCCCAACCAUCCUGCGCCGCGGCAGCACCAGCCCCGACUCACAGCGCUGCCCAUCCGACGGCUCCACCGAGACCCUCGCCGUGGUGGCCACAGAUGGUGGUGAUGAGCUCUCCUCCCCGGACUGGGACCCAGGGCCCUUCAGCUCAGCCUCAGACGGCUCCUCCAUUGGCACCAGCACCUCCAUCGGCGCCGGGACCCCCACCUCCUCCGAGACCCCCCCCCGGGAGCUGCCUGCGGGUGCCCUGCCUGUCCCCCUGCCCCAUGGCACAGCCUCCCCAGCCAGUGCCUGUCGCUCAUCCUCCAUCGACAGUGCCUAUGGCACACUGUCACCCACCUCCCUGCAGGACUUGGCCAGCAGCCCGAGGAAGGGCGUGAGCCCCACGCUGCCCCCCCCAGCCCCACGGCCCCCCUCACCCCGGCUGCGCCGCCAGACCCCCGUGCAGCUCCUGCCCUGCCCCACCAGGGUGCUCAAGUCCAAGUCGGAGGCCAACCUGCCCCAGCUCCUGCGCCCCAGCCCCCCCGGCCCCCCUCAACCAGAGCCGCAGCCUCUCUGCCCUGUGCCCUGCUCGGACUACCCCACACCAAGCCCCCGGCCCCCCGGCUGCCCCCGGCAGCAGCGGCAGCUCCACCUCAGAGCUGUCAGAGCCGGAGGAGCCGGCCGAGCGCCCCAUGUCCCUUCCAAGGGAGCUGGGUCGCAGCCCCCUGCCCGCCGCCCGCCGGACCCUGUCGGACCCACAGUCAGCACAGCACCGCAAGCUGACCCUGGCACAGCUCUACCGGAUUCGGACCACGCUGCUGCUCAACUCCACGCUGACAGCCUCGGAGGUCUGAGAGCCGCCGGAGUGGUGGGGAUGGAUGUAUGGCUGCACCAAGGAGCUGCUCCUGCUUCCAACCGGAGCGUACCACCGAGGCCGGGUGAUGGGAUGUCACAGCAGUGGGGACACGGAUGGGGAUGCAGAUCAGUCCCCUCAGCGAGGACAUAGCCUGGGCAUGGUGGCACGGGGCUGCCCGCACCUCCUAGGGGCAGGGACAUGGCUCAUGCCAAACCCUCAUCUGCAGGGAUGAGGGUUGUUGGUCGGGGCCCAGCUGCCCCAUGGUGCAUCAGACGUGGGGGGCAAGG